CUGCACACAAAUAAGCAGACGCGUCUCCAAGCAACCUCAAGACAGAAGAAAACCCAAACUGGGCAACGAAACCAUACCUCUGCUAUACACAUAGCAAGUUUCCUAAAGAUGUCACAAAAUUCACGAGUUGCCCUCUCUCAGGAUGACCUAUCCAACUUCGAAGAGUUCAUACAGAGCCGUUCCCAAUACUCGAAUCUCGUCGAUCCGAGGGCAUUUCCGGUGAAGGAACGGGACAGGCAAAACACUGCGAAUAUUAUCGAGGGUAUUGAUCGGGUUUCCGUACAAGGCAUUCUUGUACCUGCCGUCGUAUCUCACCUGCACGAGGAAUACGGCAAGCAUGUCGCCAUUGUCUGCAACGAAUAUCGGGUCACCAAGAACAGGAACACACACGCGUGCUGGGUUGAGGCGGCCGCGGAAGGGCAGCGAGACAGAUUGCUCGACGGAAUCAGAUGUUCCCUAGAGCAUGUACCACCGGCAAUCGCCAGAGAUCUGCUUCUCGGGGGCGUACUGACUGAUUCGGAGGUUGCACAAGCGUGUCUGAUCGCUGCGAAUGCCAUGUCCAGCGAAUUGUCGACAGCACUUUCUGAUAUUGAGAAUGCCUUUCAAGGCUCUCACAGGAUGCUUGGAGAAAUGCGCCAUCUUGUUGAAUGCAAGUGCUCGUCGGCAGAUGCAAACGACGAGUUCCUCGAAAGCUGCUGCGAGGUGAGUAGACAGAUUUCUGCAAGGAGAGAACAGCUCCACAUUACUUUCAGCACGGUCAUCAAAGUAGUUGAAGGAAUGCCUCGAUGGGAAACCCGAAGAGAUGCGCUAAGAACUUUGAAUAAACUGUAUUGGAAGUGUAAAAACUGCAAUGUCUUCCUGCGGGAUGGGGAAUGGGAAACAGAUGUGGUCAAAAAGCAGUUGAUCGAUUUGAUGGGCGGGGUGGCGGAGGGAAUGGGGCCAUUGGAGCGACAACGAUAUAUGGAUGAGGGAUUCAGUUUCAAUGUCCUCGAUUCCCUUGAGGGAAAAGUAUAUGAAUCGCUGAAGGAUCUCAAGCGAGCGACUGAUAACCUACGGGCAAGCCGCACGCGAGACAGCAAGGACCCGACCACACCGAGCCAUUCUCAAAGGUCAAGACCACAUAUUGAUUCUACGAAGUUGGGGGAUAAGCACAUGUCGGAUACUGCAGGGGUGAAGAAAGCGGAGACAAAACAGCUGAAGAGGCGGAGGGUGAAAGAUAGAAAAGCUUUACAGAAAGCGCUAGCCAGUCUGGGUCUGGGAGAUAUCGAUGAGCACGCCGCUUGAAAUGGAACGCCAGCUUUUACAGCCAGUGGUCUGAUUGGAACUCUUUUCCUUGGAGAUUUGGUCUACAGAUCGACACGACUCCAGACAAUGCAUAUUCUCCCAAGCAUAAACCACUUUCAACCCAAUUCUAGCCAAUGCAUCU